AUGCUCGACACCAGCCACUAUUACGCAGACGACGACGCAGUUUUGCACUCCCCUGGCCUGACGGCAGUCAUUGUCAAGACGACUCCAUCACCAACACCGCCACCCAUUGGCACUUUAAUGUUUGACCCCCCAACCCUUCACCAGACCCACGACGACUCUACUUCUCCAGACCAAAAAGCCCGUCACCCACACCGGCCCCGACCACGCCCUACCCAGGGUGAUAUGGUCCUGCUCCGGGAGAUGAAUCCGAACAGGCCGGACAUUGCCCUGCAAGCAAGCGAACAGGCCUUAAACUUUGAUACCGACUCUGGCAGCGACAUGGACGCCGAAUCACCAGCCGUGGCCAUGGGCCCGUCCGGCUCGAGCCGUGUCAACUCUACGUCAGCCCACUUUCAGUCGCUGGCCCUGCAGCACACUGUACAAGAAGCCCGUGGUCCGAAGCUCGAUCCCAAGCAUCGAGAUUCGGUACUCGAGGACGAUUUCAACCUCCGACCUCUGCACCUGCUAGCAGACCGACGCCCAUCUCAGACAUCGUCUGCGCUUGCCGCACCAAAUGGAAUGCGUCAUGACACCAAUGGUAUGCACCGCUCUCUGUCUGGCAACUCUGCAGCCUCGACCACGUCACUGCAACCGCCAAAUCAGCAAAUUGGCGCACUGACAAACGGCGCCUCGCUGGAAAUCAACGCGGCGACAUCACCAGGCCUCCGACAGUUGACCAUUCCACAAGCAAGAGGCCUAUCCACCGACACCCUCCCAGCCUUACAAGCCCCGUCUCCCGCACGCGAUGGAUCGGCUACUUCGCCUGUCCAGCAAUUGCCUUCGUUCAGGCACAUGGACGACAUUGCACGCUCGGCAUCGAGCGAUCACGAGGCCAACAGAGCCAAUGGCUUCGCCCAACGACAGUCUGUGUCUUCGAGUGGGCAGUCGCCAACUUCGAGAGUGCGCCAAUUGUCCAUUGGUUCGCACUCGCCGGCAACGCCUUUUACCUCGCUGAGCGCUGCAUCACUAAGCGCCUCUUCGCCAAUGAGCGCCAACGACUCGCUCCAACGUGGUGACUUGUUUUUGAGGACAGCAGGUGGCAGUGUUUUUGGCGACGCGAGAAGACCAUCACAUGCUGCGUCAGACUGUGCCCCCUACAACGCAUUGCAGUCUGCAUCGAGCGAGAGUUAUCAAAGCUCAGACGGCUUGAGUCCUGCUUCACAACCAACACCCAUGGAACAACGCCCCCGCCACAUGAGCCUGGACGGUGCACUUGCAUCACGAGUGUUGCCCCCUCCAGUGGGCUCUGGCUUGCCACAAAGCAUCCCCUCACAUGCCACUGGGUCCUUCAAGUGCGACUACCCAGGUUGCAACGCCGCUCCUUUCCAGACACAAUAUCUUUUGAACUCACAUACAAACGUACAUUCGUCAAAUCGACCUCAUUACUGCCCUGUCAAAAACUGCCCCAGGGGCGAAGGAGGCAAGGGCUUCAAAAGGAAGAACGAGAUGAUACGCCACGGCCUUGUGCACCAGUCGCCAGGCUACGUAUGCCCCUUCUGUCCAGACCGCGAACACAAGUAUCCCAGGCCAGACAAUCUACAAAGGCACGUGCGCGUACAUCAUACCGACAAGGAUAAAGACGAUCCUCAACUCCGCGAUGUCCUAGCCCAGCGCCCUGAAGGCGGUAGUCGUGGGCGCAGGAGACGUGUGAGCGACUCAGGUCAUUAG